AUGUUUGUGUUUGAAGCUGUUGGGACUGAAGCGUUGUUGGGUUUGCUGGACGUGGAUACGAAGGCUCAAGCGCCAGUCGAUGAGUAUGUGGUGGUGGCUGGACGCGUGCAGAGUUCUCGACAGCUCACGUGUCUAGGUGGACGCGUCAAGCAUGACGGCAAGCGUCGACUGCUGGUCGUUCCGUUAGCUCCAGCUCGUGAUUCGGAGGCAGCCCAUGGCUCGUGUGUGCAAGUGCUGGAUGUGGGAGGCGUAGCCGCGACCUUUUUGCAAGGGGUGCGAGCUUGCUUCCCUACACUUGUGCGGAAGAACCUCAUGGCGGAUGUCGACAGCGACUCGGAAGAAGAAGAGGCUCUAAAGAAGAAGCACGAGGAAGAGGGGACUGCUGAUUCAGAAGCUGCAAAGGAUCAGCAAUCGAACGAAGAGGUCGUCCUGAAGGACAUGGAUCGGAUCCGAGUCCAGACGGUCAUGACAUUCGACGAGCUCGUGAGCGCGUUCCCAAUUGCUGACCCUGUCGACGUACGCACGUCGCUGCUGAACGAUCCGUCCGUGCCGAAGCACUAUCAGUUGCUAUGUAUCGACUGUCCAGCUGUCAGCGCUGCAGACAAUGCGACGCACGAGGGUGCGUCGCACACGUUCUCGUCACCCGCAACUCCUUCCUCCGAACCGUUCGACUUUGGCGUGCUGUUCCUCUCGGAGAUGGCACCACCACGAAGCGAGAGUUCCGAGCAGUUGUUUCUGCAGAUUCCAGUGCCUCGUUCCCCACUACGCUCGACUUCCGCAGUGCACGAGAGUUUUCAAGACGCCACUGUGCUGACGUUCGGUACCAAGCGCGAGGAGAGUGUCCAUGGCGGUGGCAAGACCUGCGAAGAAAUGCUCUGGAACAUUCGGAUGCGUCAUGCGUCCGGCACGUUCUGCACGCUCGUUGUCCCGACCACGACGUGGGAGCAAGUGGUCCAUGCCAACAAGUCGGUUCUACCUCAAGUGUGCGAGCUCCAGGGCGAGUUACGUCUCCGUCGCUUGGUAGGUACCGCUCCCCGUGGCGAACCCGUGAAGCUAUUGCUUGAUUGCUAG